CGAGAAUUCACCUCCGACCUGUCGCACCAACAUCGCCAUGCAACUGAUACUCAUCGCCACCCUGAUCGGCUUCGCCGCCUCAGCGUUCGCGCCAACUUACGAGUCCAAUAGGCCUCAGGCGUCGUUAGAGAAGAAUGCCCGCAUUCUAGCUUACGACGCGGACGUCAAGGAAGAUUCCUACAGAUUCAGCUAUGAAACUGAGAAUGGAAUUAAAGCUGAAGAACAGGGACAGGAGGUCGAGGGUAUUGAAGCUCAAGGUGGUUUUCAAUACACCGGUGAUGACGGCCAGGUGUACGCAAUCAGCUACUCAGCCGGUCAAGCUGGCUUCCAGCCCCAGGGCGCGCAUCUGCCUACCGCUCCCCCCACUCCUGAGGCCAUCCUCAAGGCUCUAGCACAGAAUGCCGCUGAUGAGGCCGCUGGUAUUAUUGAUGAUGGUCAAUACAACCCGGGUAAAUACGGUGGUGGCCAGCAACAACAGUACCGCGCUCAGAACACCGGAUUCCGACAGGCCUACAAAUUCUAAGCUUAGCAAUUGCCAGUAUUAAGUUAUCAUCGAUAUUAAAGGAGUUUUUAUUCGAAAUUUAGAGCGACCAAUUAUUACUGGUUGUAAAGAAAAUCCGUAUUUGAGAAUACAAUGAUUCUUAUUUCUUAAAUGAAUUAAGAAAUUGUUUCCUUUAAGACUUCAAUUAUUAUUUUCAAUAGAUAAUUUAAAAUUAAUUUUACAUUUUCUAUUGACUUUAAUUUUUCAAAUCCAUAUUUUGUCUUUUUUUAUUGACUAAAACUUGAUCUAUUUUGUACGUCUUUGAAAAUGCUCGCUCUAUAUUUUUUGAGUGAAAAUUUCUUUAUAAUAACAAUCUUCUCUGCCUUACUAGUAUCUAAGAAAGCGUGCGUGAUCAUAUUAUAGUGUUUAAUAUUGGAUAAAAAUGUAUUACCAUAGUCAUAUCGAUUACCAGUGAGAAAAUGAGGCGAUUAUUUAUUCUAUGAAUAAAAUCUUUUUUUAUAAUUUCGUA